CUAAGCUAGAAUAGUUCAAAUUGUUUCUUUGCUGUCAUUCACAAAAACGAAGCAACCAGGUUACAUUUUUCUUUUACAAAAUCAGAAUUGUAUUGAACGAAACUUGAUCGCAUUUGAGAAAUUGAAGUUAUUAUUCGUGGCAAAAUGUUGAACUGCAAUUGUAUUGUGGAUGGAAAUGCGGAGCAACCAAAGAAGAUGUACAUUUUGAAUGAUCAAAUUUUCGACGAAGAGCAAUAUCGAAAUCUGAUUGAUACAAGUGACAAUGAUGUUGGAUUACAGCAAGGCACACAAUCAACAUCGAUUGGUCUUUCGAACGCCAAAGAAGAUACGACUGAAAAUGGUUUAGUUUUUGAUAAAUUACGUAUCAGUUUGAAAGUGAGCAAAGUAAAUGAGGGAAUUUCUGACGUCGGCAGUGUGAAUGAAACCGACAAAGAAAAGAACAUUGAAGGCAACAAAGACAAAAUGACAACAUGGAACUAUAAUGUUCGAAAUAUGCGGCCAAAGAAAACGUAUCUUUUAAACGAGCAAAUUUUUGACGAAGAACAGUUCAAAAAGCUGGUUACCAUUUUACCAGCUAGCAAGAAUUUUCCGGGCAAACAUCGAAAAUUGAUUGGUCGUUCGAAUAUCGUCGACGAUACAAAUGAAUUUCAGCCACAUUGCGUUGAUAAACUGCACAUCAAUUUUGAAGUGAAUAAAGCUAAUAUUGACAAUGAAAACCAUUGAACUUUAAACAGCCAAUCAAAUGAAGUCGUCCAUGUAGCGAGCGCAUUCAUUUCAC